AUGGUGUCUGGCUUAAUAAAUGCUAAUCCUAUCAUCCACAAAAAGAAAGAGCGCCGAGCUCGCACUACGCCCACCUUCGCUGAUGACGAUGUUCCUGAACCGAUUGAUCAACAAGAAGUUUUUGAUCAUAUAAGGGAUAUUAGAGACCCAGAGCAUCCAAACUCCUUGGAAGAGCUCAGAGUAAUAACUAAAGAUGCACUUGAAGUCGAUGAUCAGCAUAGUUAUGUCAGGGUUACGUUUACUCCUACACUUGAAUAUUGUGCCGUGCCGAGCCUCAUAGGUCUAUGCUUACGGGUGAAACUCAUGAGGAGCCUUCCUUCGCGCUACAAGGUGGAUAUCAGAGUAGCGCCUGGAUCUCAUGUGAAGGAGGCUGAAGUUAAUAAAAAACUAAAUGAUAAAGAAAUGGUGGCUGCCGCACUGGAAAGGCCAUACUUGCUGGAAAUGGUUGAUGAAUGUUUAGCUCCAUCUUUUGGUUGA